AUGGCGGCUGUCAACAGCAAUAUGUUUGAAAUCAGCGUGCGUCCAGACCAACAGAAUGGAGCAGGCGGCGCGCAAAUCAUAACCUUACCGCUGAACCUGAUUGCGCAUAUAGUUUCAUGGAUUGAGGAUCCAGGCGAUCUUGCCCGCAUGUGUCGCACCUGCCGCCUGCUGCACUACAUGGCCAUCCCGCAUCUCUAUCGCAACAUCUCCCUUACAUCGUACGACCGUAUUCGAUAUCGCGACGAGCUGCCGGAGGGGUGGGGCAAUGCAAGUCCAUUCUCCAUGGGACUCAACACGUUGGUUACUAGAGCUCAUGCAUCGCUCGUGCAAUCCAUGACUUUGCGCGGCGAGUGGAACGAGCCGGAAUUAGAAGAACUCUCCAGAGUUGGCCGCGUGCCGGACUCUUCAAUGAUGUUAAAUAUAUCGGUGAGGGCGGCGCUUGAUCGCACCAAGAAUAUCGAGAGCUUCAGCUGGGAACUCAAUACGAAGUUAAUGGAGACGGUAUAUCUGGGCCUCCCUAAGCUACCAAAACUCACGUCCUUGUCCAUACGAUUUCCAUCAAGCAGACAUCCGCGUCCGAUAUGUGUGGUUCCCGCUAUGCCUCAUUUGCGCAAACUCAAAGUGACGGACAUAGAUCCUCUGUGCUAUCCCGACGAUAUCUCAACUUUGCUAUAUAAAAGUCCCCAUCUUGAGGAUUUGAAAAUGCAUUGGUCGCCCCGCAUGCGUGAGAGUCAAGAACCCAGCGUUGUCGUUCACGAUUACUUCCGUCAUUGCAUUAGAAAUAAAGCUCCACUGAAGCUGAAAAAAAUUGCAUUUCACAAUUUAUUCUCACGGCAUACGAACGAAUGGCAGGAAGCGUCUGACGACUCCGUACUCGAAGAAAUGACUUUCCUAAACGGUUAUAGCGAGGAUUCGCCAUCUCAUCACACAUUUGUCGACAAGACGUGGACAACAGCCCGUAUGGAAAUUUCGAAAAUGUUGAAACUGAAGCUUAUCAGGCACGAUGUCGUCUCAAAAGAGCUUUGCGAGUAUCUAAAUUGUUUUAGGGGUUUAGAGAAGUUAUACUGCGUCAAUGCUACUCGCUCCAUAGGAUCGAGGCCAAGUAUGCGGCCGUUGGGAAACAAUUCCAAUACGCACUCAUACCUUGUCGGUACCGGAAUUGGUGCCAAUGGUACCUUCCCUUCUAUUUCCGGAAAUGGCUCCAUAACUUCUCCGUCUUCMCCUCGAUCUCCCGCCUCUAAUGCGGCCCAGCACUUACAGCUCCGGGAUUUCUACUUGAACUCCGUCAUGACAAAUCAUGGUGCCACCUUGCGACAUCUUAUCCUACCUUCGCGCUGGCCGCUGUCAAGCAACACCCUUGCGCGGCUGGUUCAUGUCUGCCCCAACUUGGAGCAGGUCGCAUUUGCCCUAGAAGUCUCAACAAUGGAUGCGUUCGGUUUACUCAUUCCAUUUCUCCGGAAACUGCAAGCAAUGCGAAUACUGAUUCCAUCCACCGAAAAGUUCGGACAGGAACAGGCUAAUACACAAACCAAUUCGGAUUCUCCUAUUCCAACAUUUUCUAGUAUGUACGAAAUGGUUGGCCUAGACGAUGAUAUUCACACCGAGAAGAUUAGCGCAGUGACAGCGGACAGAGAACGGGCUCGUUCACUCAAGGUCAUUGGAAUGGGCUGGAAGGCAUGGGAACUUGGCGAUUUCUAUUAUAUUUCCGCCUCUGGCGAUACACCGACUGCAUCUGAGACGGAAUAUCAUUAUCCAGUAGACGAAGCGGGACCUGUGAUCAAUAUUCCGAGCGGUCGAGGGUCUCCAGCUUCAGGUCUCCCCAUCACCGAAUCAGCCAGAAAUAGUCAGCCAAACCAUGCUACUACACGUACAUCUACUCCAUACGUGACGAAAACACCAAAGUCGUCACUAGGUAAACACGCCCGUGACGAGGCGUCUCCCCCAUUAGGCUCUUCGACCAAACCUUCACUGGUUGUGGACUCGGACAACUGGUACGAUACUCUUCCUACGGGAGAAAAGAUUAUCUGGAGACGUCGUGUGCGUCCAGUUGGCUGGGAAGUUCUCAAAAACUGGGAGAUAUGGGCUCUAGAUUCACAAGACGUCUGA